CAGAGCAUCGGUUCAGAGAGGAGCAGGCUCCGCAAGAAACUGCAACAACAAACCAAAGCUGCUUUGCCUGUAAAAGUUCAUCUUUGCCUCAUCCAAGAGAGGCAGAGAGGUGACUGGGUCAGCCUGGAGGUACGUCCACUUGAGAAGAUUUCCACGUGAGCAUCGAAUUAACUGUGUGGCAGAAUGGUUGCUUUGGGGAGAGCAAAGGGGAAAAUGAAAAGAGGAACCAGCAAAGCUCAUCUCACUUCUCAGAUCUGAUUCUCUGACCCUUUUUAUUAUUAUCUCUGCCACUCUGAAAGUCUUUAGCAUCUUUUAUCUGUGCCAUUCCACCUUUUGUAAUAGAGGAAAGCCCCUGAAGCUUUUUCCGCCCUUUUAACUGAAUCCACCUCUGCAGCCAGACACUAAGCUUCAUUUCUGGUAAGGUUUUCAGUCCCACUCACUCCUUUGUCUUGACUUAUACGUCACCCUCUUCCUCUUGGGUGGGCAAAAAGGGGACGGGUGCUGCUGCUGUGCUGACUCCUGACUGGGUCACCCAGUGCUGCUGGGCUGUCUGGGCUAGGCUAUAAAACAGAGCCAAGGCAGCGCAGCUGGCUCAGAGGAGAGACUGAAUUCUGCAGACAGCGAAAGACCCGCACACAGCCUCUGCUGCUUCCUGCACUGUUGUUUUUCCUGGAAUACAGAACCGACCUCGGGAGCAAGAUGUGCAAGGGACUCGCUGCGCUGCCAGCCACUUGCUUAAAAAGUGCCAAAGACAUGAAGCAUCGUCUGGGCUUCUUGCUGCAGAAGUCGGACUCCUGUGACUACAGCUCUUCCCAGGGCAAGAAGGAGAAAAUACCUUCAAGCCAGAGGGUUAGCCAAGAGGAAGUCAGGAAGUGGGCAGACUCUUUGGAAAACUUGAUCCAUCAUGACAGAGGACUGGCUGCUUUCCGUGCUUUUCUCAAAUCUGAGUACAGUGAGGAAAACAUCGAGUUCUGGGUCAGUUGUGAGGACUACAAGAAAACCAAGUCACCGGCCAAGCUCAGCCCCAAGGCCAAAAAGAUCUAUGAUGAGUUCAUCUCAGUGCAGGCAACAAAAGAGGUGAACCUGGAUUCAUGCACACGGGAGAAGACGAGCCACAACAUGCUGGAGCCUACACUGUCCUGCUUUGAUGAGGCUCAGAGGAAAAUAUUCACCCUCAUGGAAAAGGAUUCUUACCGCCGUUUCCUCAAGUCCCCCUACUACCUGGACUUGGUCAGCCCACCUGGUGCUGGCUGCCGGCCUGAAAACUGCAAAAGGAGCCACACUCACACCUUAGACUGCAACUCGAACAUCAUCUCUCAGUGCGCCUGAACCUGCAGCAAGGCAGGAGCAGGCUGGGCUCCCGCAAGAGUAUAUGGCGGCAAAGGCAUUCAUCGGCAUGAAGCAUCAGAGCUGUCUCCAAUACCUGUCUAAUGUCCCAGUUGUAUUCCAUGUCAUGCAACAGCCAGCAUUUGCAACCCAAGCCAGGCUCAGUUUGUGUAGCAAACCCUCCUCUGACUCCGUCGGCGUAGGAGCCCUGGAGUCUGUGUCUGACGCGAGAGCUGGGUGCAGGCACUGCAUGGCCACUCUGUUUCUGGCGAGCCCUGUGGGUGCGGGAGGGCGGCAGGGCCGUGGGUGCUCAGACCCAGCGCUACCCAGCCAAGGGACCAGGCAUGCCAUGGCGCCGUGAGACACCUGGCAGGGAGCGGGGGAAAGAGGAAGCCAAGGGAAGCGUUUGGGACCACGAUCUCCCCUUUCUAAUUGGCAAAAAGCUUAGAUGUAAAGGACUUGCUGUGGCCCUCAGCUGUGUUUGUAGAGCUCCCAAAUGGCUAGACUGUCAGUAUUUGCUCAGAAGCCGGGCUGUGCUGCAGCACAGCAAUCGGACCCAGGGAGAGCUCCUACUCUUGCUUUGAAGGGAGGAGACCAAAACUUUUCAGCCUCCCUCGAUCCUCGCGGCCAGGAUGGCAGGGAAGCUCUCCCCUCUGGCUGCUGCUUCCUCUGUAGCAUCUAGCGUAUGCUGGCCGAGGAUCCUUCCUAGGGCUGCACAGAGCUGUUCUUUUGGAGGAGGUUCAUUAUUCCAUACAUUAGUAAUCGAGUCCUUUGUGCUCCCUGGUUAAAUACUGUAGUUGAUCAGAACAGAAGCACGUUCCUUGUCCCCCAGCCUGGUAGGGGUGUAUUACUGACUCCGGGAGUGCCCUUUGGAUUCAGGUUUGCCUGCCCUGACUUGCACAGAGCAGUUUGUGAGGGAGCAAGACCACAAACACAACAGCUGGGGAGCAAAGGCCCUGCUUGAGGAGUACUUGACAAUGUCUUUGUUUCUUUCUUUUUUUUUUUUUUAAUGUUAUUUAUGUGAGUUUGUAUUUCAGUAGCAGCAUGACUCACUUUUUUCCUGAAGAUGGUAGGAGGAAUGUGUCAGUCUCGUUACCGAUCCUGGGCUUUGCCAGACGGCUGCUUACUUUUCAGUCACUGGGGGCUUUGGGGCUGACACUGACCUGCAGCUGGAGGCACAAGGAAUGGGUGCAGGGCUUGCUGCCUUGGGCUGCCGUGCCAGGUAUCAUGCUCCCCCCAGCCCUUGGUCUCUCCUUAGCUGGAUAUUGCUGCUCUGACAACUGCGUAUUCCCCGCUCUGCAUCCCAGCCCAGAACAGUUCUCACACUGGGCUUUUGAAAUGGCAGGAGGUGGCUGUGGUUCUCCAGUAGGCACUUCCAGGCCCACAGAGAAAUGUCUCAUUUAAAAUUCACUUUAUUUCGUAUUUAUUCAAUUGUGCUGACACAUACCACCCUGCAUGUUCAGCUAAGAGAUGGAGAGGCUUGCUAAAGCUCUGAACGUAGCCAAGCAUGUGGCUAUGUUUUACUUUCCCCUGGUACUGGGAACCUGAUAACUAUUGCAAAAACUGUAUUGAUACUUAAUGAUGAAUACAUUCUAAAUAAAAAUGUUUGCAUUAGACCCUUCUAAAA